AUGCCCGAUGAGAAAAAGCCUUGCCUCGUGCGCGCGCGCGCUGCGGGCGGGGGAGCGGCCGGGCAGGCGCGGGCGAGGUCGUGUGAGGCGCGCCGAGCCGGAAAACCCCAGAAGGCGGCGGCUGCGGCGGGCGCAGCUGGCAGCUGCCCGGGUCCCCUCCGGGGUCGCAGUCGCCGCGUCGUGGGGAGGAGGCGGUCACCAGGCACCCGCACGGGGCUCGGCGGCAUCCAGACUGGGGCUGCCUGUGGGAAGAGCGUGCGCCAGCGCGCCGGCCUGGACGCCUUUCUUCCUGGCUCACGGCCGCCCCCCCCCCCCCCCAAUCUCCGGGGACGGCGAGCGGUGCUGUGGACACCACGUGUUGGCUCCACUGCCGGCCCCGGCCCUUUUCUCCUGCUGACGGCUAACCGCAAGGCCCUGUGGCACGCGGGGAGUGCAGCCGAAGGCGGCAGAGAAGGAGUCCCUGUGCGCCAUGUCCACCUGGCCCCGCAGUGGAGAUUCCGUGGCACCCAAGGGCUGAGGCGGGCCCCUCCCGCCACGUGCCCCCGCCCUCACACCCCUGCAUUUAAGCUGGACUCUGGAGACCACCCUCCCCCCUACUCCUUCCCCCCCCCCCCCCCAGCAGCGAUGGGGUGUGCGGGCGGGGAAUGCAGGCUGACGCGGAUGGGCACUUCCUGGAAGGGCUGGAGUUUGGAAGCGACCUUGAAGACCAAUGAUCUGAACGCGCGGGGAAAGGACAUUCAGACACAAACGCUUGGAACCCAAACCGAGAGGCAGCAGGAAAGGGCAGGUAACUUUCCAUGAACGUAGAGGGCGCCUCCAGGCCUGGGCCUUACCUGGCCUGUCUGUCCCCCUCGGGAUGUCUGUCCACCCCACCUCCCCAGCCUUCAGGGUUUGUACGGGAGUGCAGUGAGGCUCUGGGUGAGGUCAGCGGCC